AUGAUGGGGAUGAUGGGGAUGAUGGGGGAUGAUGGGGAUGAUGGGGAUGAUGGAGAUGAUGGGGAUGAUGGGGGGGAUGAUGGGGAUGAUGGGGGGAUGAUGGGGAUGAGGGGCAAUGGGGAUGAUGGGAUGGAGGAGAUGAUGGGGGUGAUGGGGAUGAUGGGGAUGGGGAUGAUGGGGAUGAUGGGGAUGAUGAGAUGA